AUGACAUCCGUUCUCCCUUUUCUCCUCCUACUCCUCGGUCCUCACACGAUCGACGCUCGACCGACCGUCAAUGCCUUACUUUCCACCUUCCGCGGCCCAGCGCGGCUCCUCCAAGCCGCGGCGGAGUGCACGGGAGCGUCGGAGCCCUGCCCCGGCGGCCGCGGCGGCUGCGUCGCAACGUCGCGCCUCUGCGACGGCGUGCCCGACUGCGGCGACGCGAGCGACGAGGGCGUCGACUUCUGCGACGCGCUGCUGUACCCGCCGAACGAGGAGGGCAACGUGUGCAACCCCGAGCAGUUCCAGCUCUACUGCCCCAGCGGCGGCGGGUGCAUGCAGGAAUCCGAGGCGUGCGACGGCAAGCCCCACUGCGCCGACGGAAGCGACGAGUCGCUCGCGUUCUGCAAGAAUUUCGUCUGCGAUAACGUCGGCAGAGCAUACUGCCCGUCGAAGGUCGGCUGCAUGCCCCCGGGCGGCGAGUGCAACGGCGUGACCGACUGCGCGGACGGCAGCGACGAGGGACCGCAAUGCCCGGGUUACCAAGACGGCUCAUCAGGCAGUGGCACAUCAACAAACAGCACUGCCCCUAGCUCUGGUGGCGGUGUUUCGACUGACACGUCAACGAACGGCACUGCUCCUGGUGGCGGGUCCGCAGGCGGAGGCGGGUCGGCAUCGGGAGGCGGGUCGGUGACUGGAGGCCCUGUUGUGUUGAGUCCAGAGGAAAAAAAGGCUGCUUUGGAGGAAAAGAAGAGGAAGCAGGCAGAGAAGGCGGCGGCGAUCGCUGAGAAGAAGCGGAAGCAGGAGGAGAAAGCUGCUGCGAUCGCGGAAAAGAAGAGGAAGCAGGAGGAAAAAGCGGCUGCAAUUGCGGAAAAGAAGCGGAAGCAGGAAGAGAAGGCGGCUGCGAUUGCGGAAAAGAAGAGGUUGCAAGAAGCCAAGGCUGCUGCUAUUGCUGAGAAGAAGCGGAAACAGGAGGCAAAGGCGGCUGCAAUUGAAGCAAAGAAGAAGAAACAGGCUGAGAGGGCGGCGGCUGCUAUUUAG